AUUUCCCUCUCACUGUUUUUCUAUAAAUUUUUAUUAUGCAAAAUGAUCAAACCAAAUAUUAGUUAAAUACUAUAGUUAAUAACAAUAUUUAAAGAAGAAGAUGAUGAUGAAGACGGAAGCACCCAAAUUGGAAAAAGCUAAUGGUUGACUACGACCAUAUGGACCUGCAGCUGGUCUUCUCUUAAUUCCGACGCCUCACCACCACACGCCUGCAUCUGCUCUUUUCCUUGAGUUUUCGGAAGCCAAUUCAAAAUGGAUUUGUACAAUUGUACGUCGUACCCAAGCCGACGUUUGCAGUGAUCAAAUCAGCCAUCCCUCCCCACUCUCCCUUCAUGUAUAUAUAAAGGUGUGGGCUGGCCUCAGCUUCCCACGAGCAACUAAUUACCAGAGCAGCUGAUCGAUCAACAAAAAGAACAUACUCAAGAAUGAAGAAAGUAGAGUUAAUUUUCAUACCGUUUCCGGUGAUGGGCCAUAUCAUAUCGGCAGUGGAAAUUGCGAAUCUCCUCAGCAGCAGAUACAACCACCGGUUAUCAAUCACCAUCCUCCUCAUGGACCUCCCUUUCGACUCCAUGGCCACCGCCUACACCCGAUCACUCUCUAGCGAUGUCGAAGGCAGCGUCAAAUUUGUAAACCUCCCUCCGCCACAGCAAACACCCCCAGAACUCUCUUCCCUCAAAUCCCCCCACACCUUCCUCCAAACCACCGUCGAUGCCCAGAUACCCAAUGUUCGAGCUGCCAUCGUCGAACUCACUCAAUCUCUCGACUCCGGCCCACUCGCUGGUCUCGUCCUCGACAUGAACUGCUCCGCUACGAUGAUCGACCUUGCCCACGAGAUGCACGUGCCUUCCUACGUGUUCUUCACGUCUGGCGCUGCCUUUCUUGGACUCUUGUUCCAUCUGCAGUCCCUUCAUGAUGACCACUGCGCAGACGUCACGGAGUUCCUCGACUCGAAUGCUGAGUUGGUUGUCCCCUGUUUUGCCAACCCAGUUCCCAGCAGGGUGUUGCCCCACGCGAUUCUCAACAAGGAAGGCUGGUAUGCCAUGACGCUCAACUUCGCCAGAAGUUUGAGAAAGUCUAAGGGUAUUUUAGUCAACACAUGUGCAGAGCUAGAAUCAUAUGCCAUCAAUUCUCUUAAUAGUAGCACGAUAAAAAUCCCACCUAUCUACCCGGUGGGACCCCUACUUAAUCGAACAAAUGACGAUCAAAAGGAGUCUAGCAUCAUCUCUUGGCUUGAUGAUCAGCCUCCAUCAUCAGUGGUAUUCUUGUGCUUCGGAAGCAUGGGGAGCUUUAGUGUGGACCAAGUGAGAGAGAUUGCGCGUGGGCUUGAGCAUAGUGGGCAACGGUUCAUAUGGUCCCUACGCCGAUCCCAACCAUCAACAAAUGGGAUUACGUAUCCCACAAGUUGUGCUAACCUUGAGGAAUUACUACCUGAAGGCUUCUUAGAACGGACGGUUGGGAUUGGGAAGAUCAUAGGGUGGGCACCGCAAGUGGCAGUGCUAGCCCAUAAAGCAGUCGGAGGUUUCAUGUCACAUUGUGGGUGGAACUCUAUACUAGAGAGUGUGUGGUGGGGGGUGCCAGUGGCAACAUGGCCUAUGUAUGCGGAGCAGCACCUAAAUGCAUUCGAGAUGCUUAAGGAACUGGGACUAGGGGUGGAGAUCAUAAUGGAUUACAAGAGAGAUGGGCACGAAGGGGAUUUGGUGAGUGCUAAGCAAAUAGAGAUGGGUAUAAGAGGCGUGAUGGAGGGAGAUGGUGAGAUGAGGAAAAAGGUGAAGGACAUGAGUGAGAAGGCUCAGGAGGCUAUCAUGGAGGGUGGAUCUUCACACACUUCUUUGGGACAUUUUGUUGAACAAGUGAUGUGUAACAUGGACACUAAAAGCAACUAACUAAGCAGAAGAAAAAGAGGCAAUGUGGAUUGUUACAAGGAUUGUACUAGAAAAAACACUCAUCAUAAUUCAAUGAUGAAUCGCAUUAUUCAUUGUUCGAUAGUUGAUAUGUUUAAUUUUUUUUAAUUACUUGUUCCAAUAGUUAAUUGUUUUCGUAUUAUUUGAAGUUGUCCAUUAGAUUGGCCUCUUUUUAAAAUAAAAAAUAAAAUAAAAUUCUUAUUUUGCUA